AUGGCCGCAGACAUAGGAGGUCACAUUGGUUUGCAUCAGGCUGUCAUGUUGAGUUCAGUAUAUGACAAGAAAUGGGUUGGUGGAAAUCCAUUGAGUACAGGAGAAUUACCAUUAACUGGAUGGAUAGCAGACAUGACUGAUAACGGAAAAAGCUCUGAAGACCAAGUUACUUCUAUUGGGAAAAAAUUUAUUACAGCAUUUCUGCAGAACCAGGAUUUUACGGAAAUACCUCAACGAGAAAUUCUUGUGACUGGCAUUUCACCUAUCACCACAGUUAUUUUCACUCUUAUGAACUCUAAUUUUAGUAAGGUUAUGAAGAUUGGCAAACAUGAAUCUGUAACAUUUGCUAUCACAUCUAUUGGUGAGCUAAAAGGAACAGCAUUAUGUCCACAUGCUGUGCUGAUUAUAGCUGAUGCAGAUAUCACUGUGAUGUCACGUAAUUACAGAAACAACAGUGGUGAUAUGACCUUAAUUUACCCUGUUCAUCAGUUAGGAUUUGAAUAUUUUAUAAUUACCCCUCAAAAGGGGCCUGAAAAUCAAUAUAAAGAAUUCUUAGUGGUUUCGUAUGAAAAACAAACAACUGUUGACAUCUAUCUCAAAGGUACUAUAAAUUAUAAUGGGACUAAUUAUUUAAAGGGUGACAAGAUGACACUGAACCUUGAACCUUUCAAUAUUAUUCAAAUUCAGAGUAAAGAUGAUCUCUCAGGCACUAAGGUUGUAUCUCAGCAUCCUGUUGCUGUCAUUACUGGGCACACAUGUGCUGAGAAUAAAAUAGGCUGUUCUCAUGUCUAUGAACAGCUCCGGCCCGUUGAAAGUUGGGGAUCCUCAUUCUUUAUCCCAGGCUUAUCUUUCCAGACUAACCAUGACAAUAUUUUAGUUAUGGCUUCUCAAAACACUUCCAUUCAUUAUAAAUCUGGAGAGAAAAAAGUGUCAAAAAAUGUGGAAUCUGGAGAAUUGAUUCAGAUUAAUGUCUGUCGGUCUUCACCACUGACCAUAAACAGCAAUAGUAGCAUUCAGGUUUUGCUUUAUAGCAUCAGUGGGACAUCGAAUCACAAACCUAUUGGUUCAUUUCUAACUAUUAUACAAGCCAUUAAAUCAUUUGGCAUUAUUUAUAACCUCAUAGGACAGAAUACAUUUGAAUCUAAUGUAGCAGUUUUUACAAUCAAGACGUCAAGUGUUCCUGGUAUUACUUUUGAUGGGAGGUCUCCAACAAAUAUUGAGUGGAAAAAAUUCCCUGGAUCUGAAUAUUCCUGGGCAGAAUAUAACUAUGGCAGUGGCUUCAGCUUUCAUACUGUCCAGCACUCUACAGAACCCUUUGGACUUCUCAGCAUUGGUUACUCAAUGAACAUGGCCUAUGGAUUUGUGGCACCCUGCAUUAAAGCAAAUAUAAAAAUAAAAUGUUUUGAGACAAAUGUAUAA